UCUACUCAUGCUCCCUGCAAAUGGCACUACGACAGUGUGUUGUGAAUCUUACCUGGUACAAAACGGUUCACAAUGACUUCUGCCAUCUCAUCUCUCUCCUCCUUCUCGGUCUUCAUGCUUCAUUACCAGCCUGCGACGUCGCUUGCUCACAAAUUGCCCGCAUCGGCAGGUGAAAGCGAGGGCAUGAAAUGGAUUUGGGGUGGCAAGCAGGGUGCAGGCAGCUGUGUGAAGGGCACUGAAGCAUCCCGCUGCUUUGUAGUAUUUUUAGGGCUGUCAUCCCCAGGACCUGCCAGCGCUACACACCACAGCCCACCGCACAGUGGGUAUAUAACAGCCGCUCUCCAGGAGGUGAGAGCUGAACGAGCAUAUUAAUGACACAUCAGAAGAGCAGCAGACAGAGUCACGUCAUCAAAGAGAAAAACCAGCACUGGCCAACAGGUGUAAUCAUAAAUCUCAUCAGUGAUGGCUGCUGUUUUGAAUGCUCAUCAUAUCCUAAAAGGCCUUGGCGAUCUCCACUCUAAUGCUAAUCAUCUGUUAUGUAAUGCUGAGGAUGACAACAACAACAAUGCGGAAAUACCAGAAGAUCCAUGCCUUCUUACUGUGAAGCAGACCUAUUUGGUAAAGCAGGAGACCACACAUGAAGAGAGGAUUAAGGGGCUUCAAACUCAGGCCAAAGAACAUCAACCAGAAGAUACUCAAACAGAAGACUCCACCACCACAAUCUGGAAUAUCAGCAAAAAGCUGCAGAGCGCUGCUCUGUCCAACAAUAGCAACCAAACAGGUAAAGCCAUGCCAAAGCCUAAAGGAUCUGUCAGUGUAACUGCUGCUAAAAGCUCUGUGUUUGAGAAGUGGGCAGCCAUGGACAGAGACAGUCAAAGACCACUGGCUAAGAGGCAACUGUCAGAUGAGAGCAGAGCUCGCACUUCCAGAGCCACAAAGAAAACUAUGAUGAGAGAGGAAAAGGUGCAGCCCAGCCCAGCACUCCCUGCAAGCCAGAGAGAAAAUAUGGCCACCUUGGCCAGGCCUCGGUCCAGAAGGAAACUGCAGAAGGAGCUGCUCUCUCGCAGUGAUUUCUGCAGAGUGGACGCGCAUGCAGUCAAAACAGGCAAAGAGCUGAAGAGCAAGAAGAUCUUUUCAGUGCAGGCUAUUGCCCAGGCCAUCACAGAGGGAGCGUCUACUGAUUUAGAAAGACUCCGUGCCAUCUGGAUCUGGCUCUGUCACAACAUCGAGUAUGAUGUGACUGGUUACCUGGGUCUGACUGAGAAAGUGUGCUCUCCUGAGAGGGUCAUUGAAACAGGUCGAGGAGUUUGCUGCGGAUACUCCAGUCUCUGCUUACAGAUGUGCAAGGAGGUGGGCAUUGAGUGCAGGGAGGUGGGUGGUCAUGGGAAGGGCGUUGGAUACAGGCAGGGUCAGAGCUACCAGAACACCAAGUCCAGUCAUAUGUGGAAUGCAGUAAGUCUGGAGGGCCACUGGUACCUGCUGGACGCCUGCUGGGGUGCUGGGACCGUGGACAUGGACAACAAAGCCUUCAUUAAGAGGCAUGAUGACUUCUAUUUCCUGACCAAUCCAGAGGACUUCAUAAACUGCCACUGUCCGGAUGAGGAGGAGUGGCAGCUGCUGGAGAGCCCCAUUAAGCUGGAGGAGUUUGAGAAGAGGGUGCUGAAAACCUCUGAGUUUUACAGGCUUGGAUUAACGCUUAUCCACCCCAGGCACUUCUCACUCAUUACAGAGAAUGGUGAAUCCUCCAUAUCGGUGGGAAUCUCUCAGCCAGUGGACUUCACCUAUCAGAUCUCCCAGCGCAGUGGCUCUGAACAGAAGGAGAUGAGCAGCUCUCUGGGUCUUCUGACCAUCACUCAGUCCAGCAUGAAGCUCCGUCUGCUGCCACCCACUGCGGGCACCUUUGACAUCAUGCUGUUUGCGCGCCCUGGAAACACUUCAGGGCUGUUCAGCUGGGUGUGCUCAUUCCUCUUGGAGUGUCCUGAGCCCAAGCCUGCAGAGCAUCUCCCUGAGAACCCUUACCUGUGCUGGGGAAUUCAGCAAACUGCUGAGGCACUGGGGGUCAAGUCCUGUACAUAUGGCAGCGAAGCUAUUUUGCUAAAAUCGGGUACAUUUGAACUUGUUCUGCAGACAACUAGGCCACUCAUGAUGCUUUGUGAACUGAUCCAUAAGGACCUGGACAAGACUCUGUCUAAGAGAUGCCUGGCCACUCAGACUGAGAUGGAUAAACUUACAUGUAACAUCCUUUGUCCUUACAUUGGUUAUUACAGGCUGUCUGUAUUUGUCAGGGACUAUGAAUGUGCUGGAGACAGCUUCCAAAAUGCUGGCAACUUUCUUCUUCACUGCACUAGCAACCCAGUCAACCUGAAUGAACUUUUCCCACCCGCUCUUAGCAACUGUUGUGGCCCUGGCAUCAGGACGAGUGAGGCUGGUCUUUCCAAGUUCAGCCACCAGGGGGCAAUAGUGAGCACACAGCAGGGAAAGUGCAACAUCACUUUCCAGAACCAGCAUAAUUUGGACCUCCAUGCCAUUUUGACCAAAGAACAGCGCAAGGUGCCCACAUAUCCACUAUCCCGGUAUAUCUUCUUCACCCACAAUGGCACCAAGGUUACUAUUAGCAUUACUCUGCCAGAGCCAGGGGUCUACAAGCUUGGACUCUAUGGCAAGAGCACCUCCAGCCAGGACUUUAACCCACUUUGUGACUUUAUCAUACAGAAUAGUUCAGAAAAUGCUUGGCCCCCUUUUCCCUGCCCCUACUCUGACUGGCAGAAGGGUAGUGUUUUGUUGGAGCCCCGCUCUGGCCUGCUGGAGCCGCUGUCCUGGGUCCAGUUCCGCUUAAAGGUGCCCGGCGCCCACAGGGUCAGUGCGCUGGCCGAGCAGAGAGUGGACCUGCAGCUCAACAAAAGCAGAGUGUGGGAAGGCGAGGUGUUCACGGGGACAGCAACCAAGGUCAAACUUGCAGCGAAUCAGGAGGAGAACUCCAACCAAAUGGCCAUCCUGAUGUGUUUUGAUGUGCUGCAACCACAGAAUGAAAUGUAAAAGGCAAAAAGAAACUUUAGAGAUUUAAAAGCAAGUAGUAGUGAGGAAAAAUGAUAUGAUUCACAAUUGAGUAUAACAAAAAAAAAUGGAUUAUUUAUGUUGUACAAAGGUUAAGAUAUUUCUGUGACCACUAAUUUCAGAGAAAUUAGCCUUUGAAAAUUUUAUAAGGUGAAGCUUGAGUGAUAACUGUGAAUGCAGUUUGUGUGAGUAUUUGGCAGCUUUUUUGCUUUUGUUUUGAUUUUACAUAAUGUGACUAUCAUAUUGUAGACUUUUGGUAACAAUUUACUUAAACCCUGUAACAUUACAUUGACAUAAUCAUGCCAUAUACAUGUCUUGGUAGAUGUCUGUCAUGACUAAUAUAACAAUGAAUACGUUUACAUGAACUUAUUAAUCUGAUCAUCAGACCCAAUCUGUUUUUUUUCAGCAGUUCAUUCAACAUGUCUUAAUGUAUUUGGGUAAUCAGAUAAUGGGAAAUUUCCAUGUCUACAUGAAUCAGCCAGUACUUAGAUCUUUGUUUUGCAACCAGCCAAUAAAAUCAAAUAAGAAGAAUAAUGUGAAAUAAAAUUUUAAUUCUAAUUUUAAACAAGGACUUAUUUUACUGAAAAAAAGUUCAACACUUCUAGAAAAUGAAGAAUAUUCAAAUUCUUCAUUUCAUCAAGCAAGUAGUUUCAAAAUUUUUUUUGCCAUUUUGUGGAUGCUGUAUUAAAUGCUGCUAGCUGUUUCCAGGUCAGCUCAACCCUCUGACUGUCACAGCCAGAAUAAGAAAAGUGAAAGAAAUCAUAGUAAGGAUAUAAAUGUAACCAAAAGACCCAAUUACUGAGCUAAAAUUCAGGUAUCUUUAUGGAUUUCUUUAAAUCUGAUAAAGUCUAGCAGCUUUUUCAGAUUCAAGCUUUAUCAGAUUACUUGAAAUCUGAUAAUGCCUUAAUCGAUCUAAGAAAUUAGGCUUUGCUUUUUACAUGACUGCUUGAUUAAUCUGAUCUUGCUUGCUACAGUGAUCUGAUAAUGAUGGUUUUACUGGUGUACAUGUAAACGCGCUCACUGCCAUGUUGCAAUUACUGAUGAGCACGUUACUGUAGGGCAGUGUUCAUAACACCUACCCUUCAUGACAGCUGAUACAGACCUACAUCAGUAUUUAUUAGCACUUAUUCUUAUAGGCAUCAGAAAAAAAUCAGUGUCAUCUGACAUUGGUGUCACAUCAACAUGACAUCAAAGCAGCUUUUGUGACAGAUGAUGGCUAUGGUAAUAAGCCUUUAUAUGUGCUUGUGUAGCUUUAGGUCAGUUGUCACAAUGAGUUUAUGUAGGUGUCAUAGCCUUUUGAACGCUGCUUUACAGUGUUACCAUUUUUGCUAAGUUUACUCCAGUUAGGUGUCAUGAGAUCAAACAUUAUGACAACUAUCAUGACAAUUACCACUAAUGGUAACAUGACACUGUUACUGAACAAAGUUUGUCACAACAGCUUAUAACAGCAUAUAACAUCUACCAUGGCAUGAUUAUGUCAAUGUUUCAUAGAAAUUUUAGUGUAAAGACUUUUUUGUGUAAACAACAAAUGUGAAAAAAAAGUUGGGCAGACCGUUUACAUGCAACGCAUGCCAGGACAUUUCUGCAACGGUUAAAUUUAGAGGCUCAAAAAUAAUUUGCAAACAAAAAAAGAAAACAAGUGAUGCUAUUUAGGCUUGAGUUGAUAUCCAUGAAUGCCGUUCAUGAGAAUGAUUUGGCAGCUUCUAUGCUGUUUUGAUAUUGCAUGAAGUGAGUGUCAUAUUGUAGACUUGUUUGGGUGUCAAUGUAACACAUUUCUUCUGCAAGGUGCUAAAACUUACCAUGUUGGAUCAUUCACAAUUAGUACAAUUAGGCUCGAAGGCGUUAUAGCUGUAGCAAACAUGGAGGCUUGUAAUAACAUGCCAGAUUUCGAGGCCUUGCUUUAUGUUUUGAAGACAAAGAAAAUGUGACAUUCAUGAAGAAGAUAUUGGUGUGGUGUAGCCAGUGUAACUGCUAAAAACUCCUUAUGUUUAUGAAGUAACAUAUUCAGAUUGCAUUAUCAUUAUCACCAUCAUCAUUAUUAUACUGUCAUUAUUGUCUUGUGCAUCAUAAUAAAGCACUUCUGAAAAAUCA